UGGGGUCCCUGAGGUCUUCGCAGCACUUCCCCUUGGGACCACUGCCCCCCAAGUGCUGGUUAUGGUUUGUCCCUGAGCCCCAUACCUCUCAUCUCGAAUUGCCCACAGUACCGUUUAUUGAGCACCUGCUCUGUGGCAGGCAUUGGCGCAGGUGCCGGGGAUGUAGUCAGUGAACAGGUCACGCCCCAACCCCUGGAGUUUUGCCCUGUGAAGCAGACAGACAUCAGACAAACAGAUUUUAAGACAGCAGGUCAUGCUGAGUGGCAAGAGGACAGUAAGCCAGGGACGGGGAUCAAUGGGGGCUGGUCCCAGGGCCGCCUUCUGGCACAGCACACACCCCUGCUCGCCUCAGCCUCCUGAGAAGCCCCCCUGGCCUGUUGUCACCACCCAGACUCUUGUCCCCUCCUCCCACCCUUUCCAACCGGCUAUGAUGCCGCCUAGGAUGCAGGCCACAGCACCAGGAGCUGGUGCUCAAGUGAUCCGUCAGCCUCCACCUCCCUUCCUGCCCCAGUGGAGCCUGUGUCCUGCACCCUGCCCCACCUGCCCCAGCCCUCCUCGUCUCCUUGUCCCUUCCACACUGUUUCCUCUCCUUCCUUCAAACUCACAUCCCCUCUGCCUACCAUGGGCUGAGCCUCUGGACUCCAUGGUCCCCCUUUUUCCUCCUUCCUCUGUCAUCUGCUGUCACUCCAACACUCCUGUCCUCAUGGAAGAUGGCAGCUCCCAAGCUGUCCCUUCUCUCCGCCUCAUUCUUGACGCCAUCCUGGCUGGUGUCUGCAGUCACACGGAUGACGCAGUACUUUGUCCCCAGCUCUCCUCCUGGUGCCCACAGCCUCUGCUUCUGCACUGCCAUCCGGGUCAUGCUGGGACCCUUCUCCUGCCCGAUCCAUGCACUCUUCUCUUGUGCUCUCUGACAUGGCUACUCCACCUGACAGAGCCGCCUGGGAUGCUGGUGGUUACAUCUCAUUCCAAAUCCAUGUCCCAAGCCUCCAAAGAACUGGGACCCUGUGCAGCAGCCCCUUCUCCCACCCCUUUCCUGAGAUCACAAGUCAUCAAAAAAGAAAAACCUAUGCAUAUAGUACCCAUCUUUUCACCUAGAAAUAAAGCUACAUUUAUUAUACAUUUUGAUGCACUUUGCACAAGAAAAUAGAAUGCUUCAUUUUUGGAAGUAAGAAUUACUGAUGAGCAACCAUAAACAGUUUUUAAAAGUAGACCUUUUAAAUUAUAUUGCAUUUUAUAAAAAUGUUACUAAGUUUGCGAUGAGAAAUUACUGAUAAAUAUCUUUAUCUGUUUCC